AUGGCCGGUGCCGAUAGGCGCCGGGAAGUCAACCAGAUGGCGGACUGGACCGAGACGGAGCUCCAGUCCCUGCGCGGCUACCGGCGGGUCGGUUCCGCGUCGAGCAAGGGGCCUGCCGCCCCUUUGACGAGGCUGUACGCGGUUGCGGAGGAGGAGAUGCCGGAGAUGGUCUCUUAUGGCCACCUGGAGUCCAUCAAGAGGCCCCGGGAUCAGAAACAGUGUGGCAGCUGUUGGGCAUACGCCGCCGUCACCGUCCUGGACGCGCACGCGGAGCUGCACAACAGGUCGAGCCAGUUCUCCGUCGCCCAGGUCCUCGCCUGCACGCCGAACCCGCAGCACUGCGGCGGCGCCGGCGGCUGCGACGGGGCCACGGCAGAGCUGGCCUACGAGUACGCGAUGCAGGCCCAGAUUGCGGACGACUCGGACUUUCCAGCGACCAAGGAUGGGCAGAAGAAGGAGUGCCCGGAUGACAAGGCGCCGUGGGGCAGCUUCGCCCUGACGGGCGAGUCCACGCGGGCCGUCAACAUGAAGGACGGCACGCAGAGGCACCUGGUCGAGGGCAGCCCCGGCCGGGGGCCCGGCGGCGCUCG